UCCUACUUUUGCCUAGAGCCCGCCGCGGGCUGGAGACCAAUGGGAGGCUACUGCAAGUCGGGGGUCGAUUUUCCCGAGGCGGAGUUCAGUCCCGCCCAGGCUGCGGCGUUUGGGACCCACAGCAUCCCGGAGACUAGCACGGAGUUCCAGAGGCAGUUGCGCAGAGCGGACCCGACGCCGGCGGUGGGCGAGCCCUGGGACCAGCACCUCGGACUUCCGUCUGCGCAGCUCCUCCUGGGCACUCGCUGGAGGCUGAGAAUCCCAUUCACAGCACACUGGUCGGAGGUGAUCGUUGGCCUCUGGGUCGGACCGUAGAAGAAAGUGGUUCUCCGGGGGAUGAUGCCUGAGCAAGAGAGACAUAUAUCAGCAAGAGAAGGGGCCAGUCGGAGAAUCAUCUCUAAACUAUCUUUGUCCGCUUGUGCCCGGGAACCAGCCAUGAAACAGACUUACGCCUUCGAUAAUAUCGGCUACGAGGAUGGUCUUGAUGGUGUGUAUGUUUCCCCGACAGCCAGCAGCACCAUCAGCAUUUUGGGCAUGACCUGCCAGUCCUGUGUGAAGUCGAUUGAGGACAGGAUUUCUAGUUUGAAAGGCAUUGUGAGCAUUAAGGUUUCCUUAGAACAAAGUAGUGCUGUAGUAAAAUACAUGCCGUCACUCAUAAGCCUGCAACAGGUUUGCCAUCAAAUUGAGGACAUGGGCUUCGAGGCCAGCAUUGCAGAAGGAAAGGCUGCCUCCUGGCCCUCAAGGUCUGCACAUGCCCUGGAGGCUGUGGUCAAACUGCAGGUGGAGGGCAUGACCUGCCAGUCCUGUGUCAGCUCCAUAGAAGGCAAGAUUGGGAAACUACAAGGAGUAGUGAGGGUCAGGGUUUCACUCAGCAACCAAGAAGCAGUCAUCACUUACCAGCCCUAUCUUAUUCAACCUCAAGACCUCAGGGAUCACAUCAACGACAUGGGGUUUGAAGCUGUCAUCAAGAACAGAGGAGCACCCAUAAGCCUGGGGCCAAUCGAUGUUGAACGUUUGCAGGGCACAAACCCAGUGACACCUCUGGCUUCUGUGAACCAGAAUGUCAGUAACUCUAAGACCUCAGGACACCAAGCGAGCCAUGUAGUCACCCUGAGAGUGGAGGGGAUGCACUGUAGGUCCUGUGUCGUGAAUAUUGAAGAAAAUAUAGGCCGACUCCCAGCGGUUCAAAAUAUUCAAGUGUCCCUGGAGAACAGCACUGCUCAAGUACAGUAUGACCCUUCUCGUGUCUCCCCGGAGGCCCUACAGAGGGCCAUCGAGGCUCUUCCACCCGGCAACUUUAAAGUUUUCCUUCCUGGAGGCACGGAGGGGAGUGGGACAGAUAGCAGGUCUUCCUCACAUCACUCCCCCGGCCCGUCCCAGGGGACCCAGAUGCAAGAUGUAUGUUCAACAGUGACACUCGCCAUUUCUGGCAUGACCUGUGCAUCCUGCGUGCACUCCAUUGAAGGCACCAUCUCCCAGAGGAAAGGCGUUCGGCAUAUAUCAGUCUCCUUGGCUGAAGGGACAGGAACUGUUGUCUGUGAUCCUCUUACAGUUAGCCCAGAGGAACUCCGGGCUGCUGUGGAAGACAUGGGGUUUGAGGCUUCAGUAAUUUCUGAAAGCUGUCCUGGCAGCCAUGUUGGAAACCAUAAUGGGGAGAAUUCCACAGUGCCAGCUGCAGCUGAUACCCUUGGGUCUGUGUGGGCAGUGUCUCCGCAGGCUGGGAGACUCCCUGAAAAUCUCGGCUCAACCAGGCCCCGACAAGCCUCCAUAACGAUGGUACCACAGAAGUGCUUUUUACAGAUCACAGGCAUGACCUGUGCAUCCUGUGUGUCUAACAUAGAGAGAAGCCUGCAGAAAGAAGAUGGUAUCCUUUCCGUGCUUGUUGCCUUAAUGGCUGGAAAGGCAGAGGUUAAGUAUAAUCCAGAAGUCAUCCAGCCACUCGAGAUAGCUCAGCUCAUCCAGGACUUGGGCUUCGAUGCAGCAGUCAUGGAAGACUAUGCAGGCUCCGAUGGCGACCUCGAGCUGAUUGUCACCGGGAUGACCUGUGCUUCCUGUGUUCACAACAUUGAGUCCAAACUCACGAGGACCAAUGGCAUCAGCUACGCCUCUGUGGCCCUUGCCACCAGCAAAGCCCAUGUGAAGUUUGAUCCUGAAAUUAUUGGUCCACGGGAUAUUGUCAAAAUUAUUGAGGAAAUCGGCUUUCAUGCUUCCCCGGCCCAGAGAAACCCCAACGCUCAUCAUUUGGACCACAAGGUGGAAAUAAAGCAGUGGAAGAAGUCUUUCCUGUGCAGCCUGGUGUUUGGCAUCCCUGUUAUGGGUUUAAUGAUCUAUAUGCUGAUACCUAGCAGCCAGCCCCACGAAUCUAUGGUCCUAGACCACAACAUCAUUCCAGGACUCUCCAUUCUAAAUCUAAUCUUCUUUAUUUUGUGUACCUUUGUCCAGUUCCUCGGUGGGUGGUACUUCUACAUUCAGGCCUACAAAUCUCUGAAGCAUAGGACAGCCAACAUGGAUGUGCUGAUCGUGCUGGCCACGAGCAUCGCUUAUGUCUACUCCUUCAUCAUCCUGGUCGUGGCCAUAGCUGAGAGGGCUGAGAGGAGCCCUGUGACCUUCUUUGACACGCCUCCCAUGCUCUUCGUGUUCAUUGCCCUGGGGCGGUGGCUGGAACACGUGGCAAAGAGCAAAACUUCAGAAGCACUUGCCAAACUCAUGUCUCUCCAAGCCACAGAAGCCACCGUUGUGACUCUUGGUGAGGAUAACUUAAUCAUCAGGGAGGAGCAAGUACCCAUGGAACUGGUGCAGCGGGGUGAUAUCAUCAAGGUGGUUCCUGGGGGAAAGUUUCCUGUGGAUGGGAAAGUGCUGGAAGGCAACACCAUGGCUGAUGAGUCUCUCAUCACAGGAGAAGCCAUGCCCGUCACUAAGAAACCUGGGAGCACAGUCAUUGCAGGGUCCAUAAAUGCACACGGCUCCGUGCUCAUCAACGCCACCCAUGUGGGCAAUGACACCACUUUGGCUCAGAUUGUGAAGCUCGUGGAAGAGGCUCAGAUGUCAAAGGCACCUAUUCAGCAACUGGCUGACCGGUUUAGUGGAUAUUUUGUCCCAUUUAUCAUCAUCAUUUCAACUUUGACGUUGGUGGUAUGGAUUAUAAUCGGCUUUAUCGAUUUUGGUGUUGUUCAGAAAUACUUUCCUAUCCCUAGCCAGCACAUCUCCCAGGCAGAGGUCAUCAUUCGGUUUGCAUUCCAGACAUCCAUCACAGUGCUGUGUAUUGCCUGCCCCUGCUCACUGGGCUUGGCCACGCCCACAGCAGUCAUGGUGGGCACUGGGGUGGCAGCCCAGAAUGGCAUCCUCAUCAAGGGAGGCAAGCCUCUGGAGAUGGCCCACAAGAUAAAGACUGUGAUGUUUGACAAAACUGGCACCAUCACCUACGGAGUCCCCAAAGUCAUGCGGGUCCUUCUGCUUGUGGACAUGGCCACGCUGCCCCUCAGGAAGGUGCUUGCUGUAGUGGGGACGGCCGAGGCGAGCAGUGAGCACCCCUUGGGUGUUGCAGUCACCAGAUACUGUAAAGAGGAACUUGGGACAGAGACCUUGGGAUACUGCACAGAUUUCCAGUCAGUGCCCGGCUGUGGAAUUGGCUGUAAAGUCAGCAGCGUGGAAGGCAUUCUGGCCCAUAGCGAUCACCCGCUGGGCGAAUGGCCUACUCACCUGAACGGGGUUGGCAGUGUUCCUGCGGAAACAGAUGCGGCCUCCCAUACCUUCGCAGUGCUGAUUGGGAAUCGUGAAUGGAUGAGGCGCAACGGUUUAACCGUCUCUAGUGACAUCAGUGACGCUAUGACCAAUCACGAGAUGAAAGGCCAGACUGCCAUCCUGGUGGCUAUUGAUGGUGUGCUCUGCGCCAUGAUCGCCAUCUCGGAUGCCGUCAAACAGGAAGCUGCCCUAGCUGUGCACACACUGAAGAGCAUGGGUGUGGAUGUGGUUCUGAUCACGGGGGACAACCGGAAGACAGCCAGAGCCAUCGCCACACAGGUUGGCAUCAACAAAGUCUUUGCAGAGGUGCUGCCUUCUCACAAGGUGGCCAAGGUCCAGGAGCUGCAGAAUGCAGGGAAGAAAGUCGCCAUGGUGGGAGAUGGGGUCAAUGACUCCCCAGCCUUAGCCCGGGCUGACGUGGGCAUCGCCAUUGGGACAGGCACUGACGUCGCCAUUGAGGCAGCCGACGUCGUCCUCAUCAGAAACGAUCUGCUCGAUGUGGUGGCGAGCAUUCACCUAUCCAAGAGAACCGUCUGGAGGAUCCGCCUCAACCUGAUCCUGGCGCUCAUCUACAACCUGGUGGGGAUACCCAUUGCGGCAGGCGUCUUCAUGCCCAUCGGCAUUGUGCUGCAGCCGUGGAUGGGCUCCGCGGCCAUGGCGGCCUCCUCUGUGUCCGUGGUCCUCUCGUCGCUGCAGCUCAAGUGCUAUAAGAAGCCUGACCAGGAGAGGUAUGAAGCCCAGGCCCACGGCCACAUGAAGCCCCUGAGCGCAUCCCAGGUCAGCGUGCACAUUGGCAUGGAUGACCGGCGCCGGGACUCCCCCGGGGCCACAGCCUGGGACCAGGUCAGCUACAUCAGCCAGGUGUCACUGUCUUCCUUGCGGUCGGACAAGCUGUCUCGGCACACCGCCAUGGCCGAUGACAGUGGGGACAAGUGGUCCCUGCUGCUGAGUGACAGGGAUGAGGAGCAGUGCAUCUGAACCCCAGGCAGAGCAAGGCCUCUCCUAGCCUAGUAGCAGCCGGGUGCUCCCUAAGGAUGAAGUUCGCGCAUGCACGUGCGUGCCCGUGGGCGCCUGAAGGUGAAAGCAGUGUCCCUCUCCAGCCUAGGGGACUUCCGCCCGCCAGCUGCUCCUCCUCAUCCCUCUGCAGUGCAUGGCCUCGUCCAGAUGUGGCUCCUGGGUGAGACCUCCCUGCCCGGAUGCUGCUUGGUGCCAGCUUCAGACAUCCUGGCCUUCUGUGCCAUUGGCUUGAACUUGUUGGAAGCCUCGCUGGACUCUGGAAAAGGACAGGAGAGUCAGCCCUCCUCACUGAUUUUUGCUUUAGUAUUGUGAAAUGAGGAAAAUCUCAUCGGGACCAAAAAAACUUCACUGGGCCUUUCCGCAGAACUUAUCAAAAAAAACCUCAGUGUUGGGCCUUUCUGACAACACCCAUAUGCAUGGCAUAUCUGAGACCACAGUUUACCUCAGCUGCACUUGUUGUUUUCUGCUGGCACAAUCUCUUCCUUUUGUAUCCUUGCUACUGGGGGUCCCUGUUGUUUUUGAGGGCAGAACUGAUGCCUCAUGUCCCUGCUGCUGUUCACGGCCCAUCUCCCGGGGCACUCGUGUAUGUGCUCCUUCGGAAUCUGCUCACUCACACACCUAGCCGAGACCUUGCCAUGCCACUCUCCAUGAUGAGUGUCCUUUCCUGCUCGUGCGCUGCUUCUGCAUGAGGUGAAGCUGCUCACCGCACUCAGUGGAGUGUGGCCGCCAGUUCACGCCGCCUACCUGGAGUGAACGCCUCAGAACCUGACACUUGAGAGUCCAGAAUCUGGCCUCUGUGGGUCCAGGGGCUUGGGCCCUGUGUUGCUUCAGUCAGGUGUCCCUCGGGGAAGGUGUGUGAUACCGGAGCCUCUGUGUGGCUCAAGGAGCUCAGAUCACAUGGCCUGUUGUGUGACGGUCACCUUAUCAGCCAGUGGUGCCCCUUGCGUGGUGCCUCUCCAAGAGGACAGGGCUACCUGAGCCUGCGGAGAUCACAGCCCCGUCUGGGGACCUCCACAUUCUCACGCUGAGCUGACGCCUUAGCAGAGGGGUCCUAAAGGAAAGUCUGUUUCUAAUUUUUAUUGUGACUGGCAUGGAAGAGUUGGGAUGGGGCCUGUUUGAGACUCUGAAAUCAGUAGUAAUUGACAGACCGCAAGGGAUUAAAAUAUGGAAUCUGAAUAAAUUCUAGGGUAAAGCCCUUGUCACACACAAAAAAUAAUCUUAGUUAUCUGUUAUCAGUUAUUCUCCAGGGGCACUGUAAGCUCUUUCUUUAGGGUGCCACGGAUCCUCCCAGCAAACCAGCAAAGUUGAUGCUACUGUCCUGGUUCAGCAGAUAGGGAAGUGGGCCCAGGGCCUGCCCAGGGUCACAAAGCCCCUGAACAUGCUGGAACAGGGCUCUGAAUCCAUGGCUGUAAGCUUUGUAGUCUUUUUCUGCUGCCAAUGUCAGUUUGCUUGAUAAGAAAAAGCAUAAAAGAGGCCCCUGCUCUGGGAUGGAGCCACCCAAGGGCCUUGGUUGACGCAUGGGCGUGGCCGCCAGUCAGCUCAGCCUCCUCCUCUCCUGCCUGUUUCCACUUUUGCAUAUAGUUUAGUUUUUGCUGGGUCUUACUUAUCCUCUGAAACCCAAGUGCAGGGGUUUGUGUUUUAUUGUUCUAAAUCUCCCUGUCCCGUUCCACUGUUUAUUCUCAGAUGUGCUCGGAAAUGUUCCUUGUUUUCUAACGAGGCUAAUCCUUGUCUAAAGAAUCUAAUUGUAUUGAUUUUGCAAGACACUUUAGGAACAUAAAUAUGUUUAUUUGAAUAUGAAAAUAUUUAUAUAAUUGUACAGAAAAUAACCUUUUAGAUGUUCAAACUGUAGGAAAUCUAUCUUGGUCAGAUAAGACCAAUUCUUGCU